UCUGGUAAAUAUGGUGGAUUUCUAGAGGGUUUGGGUCCAUCUCAACUGGUGGGCAGACAAGCCCUCGGAUCUCCGUGCAUGGGUGAAAUUCAGUUAAGCAUUGCAGACACCAAAGGUCGUUUAGAAGUUGAAGUAAUUAGAGCGAGAGGCCUCACUGCUAAGAUAGGAUCUAAAGUAUUGCCAGCUCCUUACAUCAAAGUUUAUCUCAUGGACGGCAAAACGCGAAUUGAAAAGCAGAAAACGUCAACUGCGAGACGAACUCUCGAUCCUCUCUACCAACAGCAGCUGUGCUUCGUCGAACCCCACCGUCACAGAAAUCUGCAUGUCACUGUGUGGGGCGACUACGGCCGUUCUGAAAGGAAAGUAUUUAUGGGAGUGGCACAAAUAAAAUUAGAUGAUCUCGAUCUUUCGAGCAUGGCUAUUGGCUGGUACAAAUUGUUCAGCAAUUCAUCCCUUGUUGGAACGCACACAACUCCAUCGCUCUCCAACAAUUAA